GUUUGUAUCCGGGAUUAGGGCCAGUUGGCCGGGAAUAGGGCAAAUUAGUGACACAUACUUUUCGAGCACGGCGCCCUUAACUCAAAAAAAAUAUAUGCAUAUAAUAUAAAUAAUUUGUUAGAUUAAGGUCCAAUCUUGUUACUGGCAAAAUAUCAAAAGUGUUCUUUUUAUCGCUAAAAAAUUAUGAUGCUAAAUGCAAAAACCGUCCGUAAUUUGGGCAACACACAGUACUUAAUGUUUAUCUAAUAAUUGCUAAACAUAUUUAUGCCACUUGUUACGCAUCUGUGCUCAUUGAACGUCAUGGAUAGUGAUAUUUAAAUUCCACUCGCUCGCGCAUCCUGUUCCACUGUAGUGUUGACAGCAAAGGGUUGUGUGCUAAAAUUGCCUGUUAACAGUCGUUUUACAUAAGGAGUUAGGAAACUGAUCGCGUGGUUGGGUGUGAGCCUCGAUACACCGAUGUCACUACCAGUGUGGGUAUGGUGCGUGGUGGUGUUUGUGUUGCUGUCAGGGGUUUCUGGAGGCUCUGCGAGGUUCAUUCGAGACAAGCCUGUUCCUUGGGUCAAGGCGAGGUGUUAUGCACACUGCAUAGAAGAGUGUCUCAAUCCAUGUGGCAAGGACCCUGUCAACAUGGAAGCCUGUAACACGACCUGCAACGGAACACCGAUCUGUUUGAAGAGUUGCGAGUUCUUUCUCUCAAUACGAAAUCUGAGCGACCCAGAAAACCCACAAAACGCGACGACCAUAUCCAAGCCCACCCCUCCCGUGUUCAACAGCAGCGCAUCAUCCCUCUCUAGCAUAAUGUUGUCAUGGCAACGACCUGUAAACGCCACAGGUGGCGUGGUCUAUAUGCUGGAUGUGUUAUGGACCCCGGGGAACCCAACACCUGGAAAGUCAUGGGUUUUUCAGAAAAUCCUCUUGAAUCCAAUGGCAACGCUUACACUCAGUGACAUGUGCGGGGCUGUUGCCUUUGCCUUGGAUAGAGACAUGAAGGAUAUACAGUACACCUUCCAGGUCAUCGCUCUUACAAGAAACAGCCGCCCGUCUAUCAGUGAUCCAGCAACUGGCAUUAGGAUGCCAAAACCAGAGCCACCAAAGAAUGCCGAAGUUUCAUCGAUUAAAUACCACGUCGGCCAAUCCAGCAAUAACAUUUUACUUGAGAUCACGACUUCUCCACCUAUUGAUCCCUCUGCUGGACUUAUCGAUUCCUAUUUUGUGGAACAUGAGACUAAUUGUGGAGGCAUGGCAAGCUAUGUAAAAAACCUUGCAAAAUCGGAGACAGGCUCCAAUAACGUUUCUUUAAACACGGUUACAGAUUGUAAAAAAGGAAACCAAACCUUGAAGGCAUAUUCGAAUGCCAACUGCGUAAUAAGCAAGCCAUUGGAUUUCACCUUCUAUUAUCCAGGCUGCAACUUUAUAAAAGACUAUCCUACUAAGGAAUGCUGGAAGAUUGAUCCUCUUCCCACCAAUGAUAGCGAGCGCGCCGUGCGUGACCUGACCGUCAUACCUCUCCCGCCCGCAUCGGACUACAGAUUCUCCGUCAACGUGACCUGGCUCUCUCCCACUUACCCGUACAAGACUUAUGACCCACUGAAAUAUUUCGUGAAAAUCACGAAGCCUGAGGAAUUUUGUUUUUUUGGAAGAUGUACUAUCAUUCACAAAACUGUUCAUCCGCCCCAUAAUGGAAUUGAAACUGUUUUAACAUUCACAUACCUCGAACCGGAUAUAAAUUUCACUAUAGAGGUAGAAACGGAUAGCAAUGGGGCGGCUUGGCAACCUGUGGCACAGAAGGUUUACUACAAAUCCAAUGCCGUCCCAGUGGAGGAAACCCUGUGCCGAAACAUCACACAUCGGCUGUCGAACACGCACUCUCUUGCUACCAAGUUCAACGUGACAAUCACGUGGGUCCAGCCUCGAUUCCAGUAUGGAACGAUCACCAGCUACAGCGUUGCGUACAAAAAAGGCGACGAAGCUGAAAAAACCGCUACGGCCAAUGAGCUGGAAACUCCGACGUACACUUUCACCGGUUUGGAGUUCAAUGAACCUUUACUCUAUAAGGUACAGGCCAAUUAUAAAGAAUCAUGGAUUCAAAAAGAAGUGCUUUCCAGUAAUUGGACCGAGACAAAAGGCAAAGCUGUUCCUGUGAACUCUCUCAUCGUCCAGAAUGUGACUCUCGGCUUCUCGGACACGCAGACGAGUAUCUUUUCAGCAAUGGUCACGUGGGAUAGGCCUCUGUUCAAAUAUGGAACGAUUAAAGAAUAUAAAAUCACCUACAACAAGGGAAAUGCUCCCGCUGUCAGCACACUCGUCCAAAAAGGAAACAGAAGUCUUGUUAUCCCCGACUUCGAGUAUGGAGAACCGAUUACUUAUAAGAUUGAAUGUCAUUAUAUUGAAAAGUGGAUCAAUGUCGCUACAGCCAGGGUCACAAGAACCUUCUCCGCUGUCAAAGAACUGGACAAGAAAGUGGUUAUUGUGCGAGAGUUUAACAAAGAAAUACUUAGUCAUUCAUCGAAUUUCGAGGAAAACAAAGAGACGCAAAUGUUCACCUGGAAUGUACGCUGGUCCCCUCCUUCCACGCAGCACUACAGAGUCAUCCAUUACAUGAUAUCUUACAUACUUACUGGCUACACUUACAUCGAUUGCUCGUUUGGCCUUAACUCUUCUGACUGUCCUUAUCCAGAUGCUGUGGUGAAUACCACAACAUCCCUUACUGUUCGUCCCUCAGAGAAGAUUUUAAUAAAGGUUACACCUGUGUUCAAUGCAACUUUUGUGAAAGGGCAAGAACUUGUGGUGGAACUAAGCGCACCAGAACCAAGAGUGGAGAUUGUCAAGCCAAGGAAUCUCACUUUUGCCUUAAAUGCCUCUGUUGGAGGAGUUGUCAUCACUUGGUCACCCCCUCUCUUCAGGUUAAGCAAAGUCAAACAUUACCAGCUUCAAUACGAGAUUCGCACGAUAGCCGAGUCAUCUGAUAAAAGCGUUAAGUCUCGAAGACGAAGGGCUGUUAUUACCAACACCACAACGGACACCUCUCAUAUUGCGCCUUAUAUAACUGCUGGUAAUGAGAUGGAGUUUACCGUAACGCCGGUGUUUGCUGCUGAGGCUGUGCGAGGCCAGCCAUCUACUAGUGUGUACAUGUCGCAGCCCCAAGGAAACCCAGGUGCGUCAUCAUCUGGCAAGUGGUCUAAGGGAGAGGUAGCAGGCCUGGUCAUAGGAAUCCUCGCCAUCGUGCUGAUCAUCCUUAUUUUGUGGCUGCUGAUCGUGAAGGCUCAACAGAACAGCAAGGAAAAAAAGGGGAAACCAAUUUGGAAAUCCGGGGCCAUGCUUGAUCACUGGGAGGUUCCUGAGCAGAAGAUUAUCCGAGUAGAGGAGUUGGGCGAGGGAGCUUAUGGCAAAGUAUUCAGAGGCUACAUACUAGAGGUUCCUGAGCAAGUGAGCAAGUCAUCUAACUUCACGAAUAGUUUAAGGCACAAGAGUGUAUGGUCCACUCAAAACGAGAAAGGAAUCGAAGUUGCCAUCAAAAUGUUACACGAUACGUCUGUCACGGAACUGAGGGCUGAUUUCCUGAAAGAAAUUCAGCUGAUGAAAGAGGUGGGAUCUCACCGCAACAUCGUCAACAUGCUGGGCUGUUGCACACUGACGGAGCCCAUGUUUCUCAUUGUGGAGUACCUGCCGUACGGGGACCUUCUGCACUACUUGAGAAAGAGAAGGGGAAAGAUUAACCAGUUUUCUGCCGAUGAUCCGCGCGGACCAUAUCAUUCCACGUAUUGUCACAUGGUGCUUAGCUCAAAGGGACAAACUAUCACCACCGAGAAAACACGAGCAGACCGAAUCUACUUCAACAGUUUAGAUGAACAAAUCGAUAACGACACCGGAAUAGGCGUCGUUUCUUUUAAGGCACGUGGGGAUGGUGAUUUAAAGUACGAGAAUGUAGACGUUACCGAGAGCAUAGAUAUGGAUGUCAUGUCAGUGAAGGAGGAAGACGAUGUUCUCACGUCAGGUGACCUCAUGGCAUUUGCCUGGCAAGUCGCCCAGGGAAUGGAAUACUUGAGUAAGCGUGGCUUUGUCCACCGUGAUCUGGCGGCUCGUAAUGUGCUUGUUGGUGAUAACAAAGUUGCCAAGGUGGCGGAUUUCGGUCUGACUCGUCACAUGUACGAGGAUCUGUACCAGGGCAAGACGAGCAGGAAGCUGCCACUCAAAUGGAUGAGCAUCGAGGCCAUCUUUGAUCAGGCUUUCACCUCACAGAGUGAUGUGUGGGCUUAUGGUAUUUUUUUGUGGGAACUCGUCACGAUGGGCGGAACCCCGUACCCAGCCAUCAAUAAUCGUGAGCUGCUCCGCCUCUUGAAGGAAGGGUAUCGAAUGGAACAACCUGACACAUGCAGCGAUGACUUAUACAAGAUCAUGGCGGCUUGCUGGGAGGAGGACCCCGUUAUGCGACCCACGUUCUCGUCACUACGCGAGCAUCUUGAAAAGCUCAUGAUGAUGGACAACCCGUACUUUGACCCGAGUGGCGUGGACGAGUCACGUGACUACUACAAUGUCCCGUCAUUCCACAGCGCGCCAGACCCCGAGGAGGAUGAGGACCUGUUGGAGGAGAUUAUAAUUGUAAAGCAAAAUGGUGAGGAUUCGGAAAAGGACAUUGGUGAGAAUGACAAUCCCCAUGACAACCCGGGCUUUGAUCAUGAGCCGGACAAUGAAAAGGGGGAUGAUUUCACCACCGUAACAACGACCAACCAAGCUUCUGAUAGUACCGAGUCCCCACGAGACAACUCGGACGCGACCGAUGAAGCCAUGGAGAAGACCAGUCCCCACUCUGCCGAACACGACCUGAAUGCCGCCAGGAGAAGCAUCCAGUACACCCCUGUGGACUUCAGCGCCCUCGAGGCCAAGCUGUAUCGAAAACGAAACGCCUUUGGCGGAUUUAUCGGUUGAAGACAGGAGAAGGCGACAGUUGUUUUGUGAAGGGAUGGACCUUGACAAACUUAAAAGGGCCGUUUUCCAUAUUAAGGUGUCCAUGAGGUUAGUCUAUACAUGGGGCGCUCGGUGUAUACAUUCGCGUAGCAAACGCCGAGCCACGUGUCAAUUGCCAGACCCAUCCCCCUUUUCUUUGUUCGCGCGCCUCAGACAUCCCCGUUGUCAGCCUCAUGCAGGCCAGCACGAUGUCGGAGUAACCACUAGUUAAUAGUCUUGUUUUUCGAUAAGGCUUAGUGAUUCGAUAAGGCUUAAACACCUGGUUAUAAGGGCUUGUACUAUUAAGGUAAUGGUCAUAUCAAAACAAAAUAAAUUCAUUGUAAAUAGGGGGCGUGCUUGCCUGCCUUUAAACAAGCUAACACCUGGCUUAACCAGUUCUUUUUUGAAGGCAAAAAUAAAAAUAUGCCGAAAUAGACACGAAUAUAUAACCAUGUAUUAGCAAAAUGUAAUGUAUGCUCCUAGUUGGGAUAUUAAAACCCCGACCUUACAAA